AAGUCCACAUCCACAUGAAUGAAAUGGACAAUUUUACACUCAUCAACUCAACCUUGUCCCCCCAUUCAUUGCCAUGAUGACAAGAAAGGUGUGCGACCCCGAAUUCCAGGACCAUCCAACCAGCAGUUACAGUUGUGGUUUACAUAAAUUAAAACCCUUCUAUAAAAAAGAUUCAGUGUGUAAGAAAUUUGCAAUCUUGAUCAUUAUCCUUCUAUAUAAAAAUGUUAUCUUUUAUCAAAAAAGAUUGAAGCUUUCUUGUUUGGUGGUCCUAAAGAUUGAAGGGUUUGUUUUAUUUCUGUUGGUUGAGAAGAACCCUUUUAGGGUUUGAGCUAUGAAAAUAAUCAAAUUAUGAGUGAAAAUUGCAUAUAAAAUUUAGAAAGUGAAAUCAAGAACAAUAAAAACUCAGUGAUGAAGUUUAUGAAGCUUGGUUCUAGACCUGAUGUUUUCUACAGUUCAAAUGGUGUAAGGUCAAUUUCCUCUGAGGUUCGUACUGAUCUUAUAAUCCAAGUGAAUGAAACAAGAUUUUUGCUUCACAAGUUUCCGCUUCUAUCAAAAUGCUUGAAGUUACAGAGACUUUGUUCCGAAAACACUUCAUCCUCACAACCUCAAAUAAUCGAACUCUCCGAUUUCCCUGGUGGCGUCAAGGCCUUCGAAUUAUGUGCGAAAUUCUGCUACGGAAUCACCGUCACUCUUAGUGGGUACAAUAUCGUGUCAGCUCGUUGUGCAGCGAAAUACCUUCAAAUGACAGAAGAUGUUGAAAAGGGCAAUUUAGUCCAUAAACUAGAAGUAUUCUUCAAUUCUUGCAUUCUCAAAGGUUGGAAAGAUUGCAUUGUGACUCUUCAAACCACAAAGCCAUUCCAAUUAUGGUCAGAAGAAUUAGGGAUUACAAGCCGUUGUAUCGAAUCACUUGUGUCAAAAGUCGUUUCUAACCCUAUGAAGGUUAUAUCAGACAACCGUUCGAAUCAAAAGGGGGAUAUCGAAGAAGUUCGUACAGCGAAAAGAUGGUGGGGCGACUCGCUUUCAGAAUUACGGAUCGAUCUUUAUUGGAGAACAAUGGCAGCGCUUAAAUCGGGCGGGAAAGUGCCGCCUAAUCUUAUCGGCGCUUCUUUGAAAAUCUACACUUCAAAAUGGCUUCCGAAAAUUUCAAGAAAACUCAAAAACGGGUCGGGUUUGAAUAGUGGAUCGGAUCCUUCAAGUUCAAACUGCCGACUGCUUUUAGAAUCUAUAAUUACCUUACUCCCAACCGAACGAAAUGCGGUUUCUUGUAGCUUUUUGCUCAAACUAUUAAAGGCGGUCAACGUAUUGCAAGCUUCGGGUUCUUCAAAACUAGAAUUGGCAAGAAGGGUUGCCCUUCAAUUGGAUGAAGCAAAAGUUUGUGAUUUGAUGAUUCCGUCUGUGUCAAACGGUAGUGAUACGAUAUACGACGUUGACGUAUUUUUGAAGAUCUUGGAGCAGUUCAUGUUGCAAAGUCGAAGUCAACAGAUAAGUUCUUCAUCAGCGUUAAAUGGUUCGAUGAUUAGAGUAUCAAAACUUGUUGAUGGAUAUUUGCAAGAGAUUGCUAGAGAUGUGAAUGUACCAUUGUCGAAGUUCAUUGCGUUGAUCGAAGCUGUUCCUCGACUCGCAAGGCUGAAGCAUGAUGAUCUUUACAGAGCCAUUGACAUAUAUCUUAAGACACACCCGAACCUAAACAAAAGAGAAAGGAAGGAUCUUUGUCGAACACUCGACUGCAAAAAACUAUCUUUGGAAGCAUGCAUGCAUGCAGCACAAAAUGAGCUGCUGCCAUCAAGGGUUGUGGUGCAAGUCCUAUUCUCUGAACAAACCCGAGCUGCAAUGGCUGGUGGUCAGUUCGCCGGGCUGCCCAGCAACAUCAAGGCGUUAUUAGCAGCCAAAGGUACUGCACCAAGCGGUCCAAGCACACCUGGUUCACUAGCCACCACCACACGCACACCAAGACCACAGGAUAAGUCACCAAACCCGAGUGUUUCUAGAUCAAGGAUGAAACUAGAUGCAGAUGAUAAGUCAGGUGAUGGGUCUUUGAAGGUGGUGAAACAAGAUUGUUUGACUCCUUCUCGGCCCAAAAAGACGAGUUGUCGUUAAUGAACCGUGAUGAAAAUGAAAAGUAAGUCCUACAAGUAGUCAAUUGUGAAUAGGAGACUUGAGUUAUGUUUUUAAAAGUUUGUGGUUAUCAGUUGGUCAUAUUUGUCUGAUCUAACUUGCAAUGGAGUAUUGUUCGGUUCA